AUGCGUAUAAAUAAGCGACAUCAUUCUCGAAUUUUCAAUUCCAUUGUUGGCCAUCUUCCUUCCAUCUUUUGUGCAUUCUCCCAUUUCUACACCAAAAUGUGAGUUGAAGUGAAUCUUCUUAUUUUCACUUCCUACCCAAUUUUCAGGCACAUCAAAGCUAUCGUCUACAACAAGACCAGAAAGUAUGCUGGACAUACUAUCGAUUUAGAAUUAGGGGAUAACGCAACUGUUGCUGAAGUAGCGAAUCUAUAAUGUUCGGGAAAAUUUUCAGAACUUUCAGGCCAAGUCGAAGAUUGAGGAGAUCACCACCGUACCCGCUCAAAUCCAGUGGAUUGUGUUUGGAAGUCAGAAAGAAAUAUGAAAUCUUUAUAAAAUACGAAAAUGUUGUAGCUGCACACCUCGAGGAUUCGAAGCCACUCCGCGAGUACGGAAUCCGUGAUGGAUAUACCAUCUAUUCAACUCCGACUUACGUUGAAAUCCAGGACAUGCCGAAUCUUUAA